GGUCCAGACCUUGGCAUUACACUGCCUUAGCAAGAGAAUGUCUUGUCAACAGCCUUACAUAAAUUGAUACCUCAUUGUAAUCCUCUGCGGCGCCGUCCAUAAUGAUCAACAAGAAACUCGACCUUGAUACACUGUUCGCAGGAAGCCCGACAGAUUCCACAUCAAAAUGUCGCGAAUGGGGCGACAGCAAUCGUAUGCGAGUGGUUUGAACUCCCACUCGCAUCCAAAGCCAGGACGCUUCUCACUCUGGCCCGGGAGGAGAACAAAUAAGAGUGACGCGAGAGAGGAGUCUGCUACAACUAGUGGUUCUGGGUUAAUGAUUGAUCCCCCGCACAGCGAUCUAAUCGUUAGCUCGCCCGUUAUUCUCCCGGAAAUCGAAUUAACGAAAUCCAACAUAUCGCAAGAUCUCUUCAUCGGCGCAUUGCAUGAUCCUAACUAUAUUCAAUUGCAAGAAAAUGUGAGGAAGGUGCGUAGAGCACUGGUGGGAUCGGAACUUAGAAAUAUAGAUGCCGCUUGGGAGGUUUACAAAAAGCAGAGAGAGGAAUCUUUGGAACAUUGCCGAAAAUUGAUUGAGAAAUCGCAGGUGCAUCAUGCUCGAAACCCAUCAUUCGAAUCCAGCAUAGGUCCGUUAGACGCGCGAUCAUCUCUCAGCAGUGGAUCAGUUGACGAUGCAUCUCUACCAUUUCAAAUCAAUAAGUCGUGGCUAUCAGCUAUCUGUGAUUAUAAAGCCUUCCAGGAAAAACUUGCCACUACCCUUCGUACUUCUCUUGAAGUGACGUAUGCUGCCUACGAGCCCGAUGCUUCUCAACGCCAGCUUGAAAUCUUCUUAACAGAUAAGGAGCAUCGGAAAAGUGUUAUUGCAAAAUGGCGAGAUACUAGUGUUCGUAGAGUGAAGUCGGAAAAGCCGGAAUUCUUCGAAAAGUACAAGAUACGAUCUUUGAACUUCGAUAAACUGAAGCAUGAUAUUGAAGAGUCGGAAAGCUUGUUCGACACGGAUCAUACACCAAACAGAGUCGUUCGUGAAUCUAUCAUUUAUAAAAAUGGAGACACAAUCUUAGAAUUUGCAAACCGCCCCUCGGAUAGUCUUCCGGUUAUCAGAUUUCGUGUGUCGUCCCAUUUUUUAAGCCCAGACGACGUAUCACCGUUAUUUUCUCAAAUGCUCUGCCCUGGACCAACGGUUCCGCCAGAUAUGAUGAAAGAUCUCCCCAAAGCACCAACUAAGAUCUUUGGAAAGGACGGUAUUGGAGCAAAUGUCUACCGUAUGCCGCAGAUGGAGCCUAACAGCCAUGAGGCACUGGCACUUCUUUUCCACGCUAUACAUGGGCACGCUCCAAGGCUUCCACGGAUUGAUUUUCCAGUUUUCGUCAGUAUUGCAGAUGUAUGUUUAAGGUACAGGUGCACAUCGCCAGUAGAGUUGCAAGUGGAGUAUCAAUGGCUACCUCAAUGGGAAUCUCAAGCUGCUGAAAGCAAUCCCGAGGAACUUCUCCUUAUCGCGUAUACAUUUGGCGCAAGAGAUCUGUUCACGCGUAUCUCUAGGAGCAUCAUUUUAAACUUGAAAGAUAGUGACGAUGAGACCCAAGGUCAAAAACUUUGGCCACAAGCUAUCAAGAACACUAUCAGAACACGCAGGGCUAUAUACAUGGAGCAAAUCCUGGAUUAUUGUGCGAGCGUUAUAAAUGGAUACCUUCAACCACCACGGCAGAACGCAGAGAGACCAGUUCAUAUAGGAUCACUUGAGCUCUCCACGGUACGAUGUCCAAGGAGAUCCCAUACUUGCGAUGCCACAAAUCUAGGCUGGCUUAUGCUAGUUUACAACGAAUUGGGCGUUUCUCCUCUUUCUCAUAAACCAUCACCGAAGCGCAGUCUGAAGGAAUUGAUCGACUGCCUGAGAUUGAUGCCUAGUCCACCCCAAACUCAUAUUGGUGUUUGUGAUUUUGCUCCUGAUUUUAGAAAUAAAAUAAAUGAUAUUUCGAAUACCAUUAUAGGUCUUACACUUCACGAUGUCUCGGGUCAACAUGGAUGGGCUUUGAGUAAAGGUGACGAUCCACAAGAUACGGUUCCAGAAGAGAUCUUUGAACUAGCCGCACACGUUAGCAUAAAAGAGUGUGUUGUUGAAGCCGAGAAAGCAAAAGAGGCAACAAAAAGUGCUGUCUGCCUCCGAAUUCUCUCACUUCUCGAAAACCUCGAGGAUCUUCAUGCGGCAGCAAUGGUUGAUAAGUCAUUCUACGAGACCUAUAUAAAGAACGAAGCAAAACUACUCCGGAACGUAGUAAAAGCCGGAUUGAGACAUGCCUCCCGGGUAGCCGAAACACAAAUUAGCCCAACGGAUCGGAUGGCCCAAGAUACUACUGAGUCUUUGGAAGCUACCGCUGUCGACCUUAUUGAUGACUCUGAAUCUGCUGUGUCCUCCAUUUCGGGGAAUGAAUCGUUUAAUGCUCAAGACGGAGAUUUAUACGACGUUUCACCUCCGUUGUCACCUAUUGAUAUAACUGCAAUGCCUGUGCCGACAUCAGAGGAAGAGGCACGAGAACUCCUCACACGCAAUGUUGAAGCUACCAGUCGAGCCUGGGCGAUGAGAGACUUGUUACAGUCUGCCAAAAGGCAUGAAAAUUUGACUCACAAAGAGAAGUUUCUGGCGGGCGAUUUUGCACAUAUAGAAGACAAAGCUCGGCUAGAGGAAGAAAGCAAACAGUUGCAGGCUGAAAGGGAUCAAUUCAUGAAUCUCAGAUGAUAGUGGCAUCUUUCUCUCCCGCCCCCCCUCUUCA